AGAGAGAGAGAGAGUUUGUUGCGCUCCGUCACGUGUUGAAUACAUUAGAUUUGCAGGGGAACAUCCAGAGCCCUGCCCCGCGCUGUUCCAUCUGAAUCAGUGCUGCAGCGGUGAGUCUCUGUGAGCGGCCACACGAACAGCAGAUACGGAGAAGUUGAUAGGAACGACUGGGAAGUUUCAGGAAUAGCAAAGUCUUCAUUUUCAAGUUAAGUGGAAAGUCCGGCAGUGCAGCAGUGCUGACCGGAGCAGUCACCUUGGAGGAGAACAUCAGCUUUUUUACAUUUUUCUCUAAGAUGGAUGUAACUUUGACUGCGGCUUCUGUUUUCGCCAGGGAAUAAGACUGAGGAGUUAGGAGGAGCGGAGGAACAUAUGAUUGUUUAAAUAAUAGGAGCCAAAAUGAGGACCACUGCCAAGGGUUUGGGGAAGUCUACAAUGGACUCUUCAAAUAUUGCAAGUUUGUGGAACCGAAGGAUGGUGCUCAUGAUGUAUGUGUUCUUAGAGCUUGCAAUUGUCCACUCAAACAUAGUCCUUGGAACACUUGAGCUACAGCUAGAUGAAGAACAACCAGCAGGCACAAUAGUGGGUGAUAUCAGUGCUGGCCUUCCUCCAGGUGUCACAGCAUCCCUGUACUUCAUCUCGGACCAUGAGGGAACAGGCGUGGGCACUGACUUGGACAUAGAUGAGAGCACAGGCAUUAUUAAAACGUCAAAAGUUCUUGACAGAGAACUAAGAGAUCGGUACAACUUCAUAGCUGUCACCAUGACAGGUGUGACCGUGGAGGUGACCAUCAAGGUUAAUGACAUAAAUGAUCAUGCCCCCAAAUUCUUAAGGAAACGAGCAAUGUUUACAAUCCCUGAGCAUACAGCAAUUGGAACCAGGUUUCCUCUUGAUCCUGCUGUAGAUGCAGAUAAAGGGCAGUUUGCUACGCAGGGCUACCUUAUUAAAGAUGGAAAUGUUGGCCAGGCCUUUACCUUGGAAACCAGGAGAGGAAGCAAUGAGGUUCUCUAUCUAGAUUUGGUGGUCAAUGGCAUACUAGAUAGGGAGAAAAGAUCUACCUACGUUUUAUCCUUGGAAGCCUUUGAUGGUGGUUUUCCUAAAAGAACUGAUCAGAUGAGCUUGGAAAUUACUGUACAAGACAUUAACGACAACGCUCCUGUUUUUAAUCAGAGCCGCUAUCAUGCUAUAAUAUCUGAGAACCUCCAACCUGGAAGCAACAUCCUGCAGGUGUUUGCCACAGAUGCUGAUGAAGGGGUCAAUGGAGUGGUGCUAUACGAGAUUAACAGAAGACAGAGUGACCUGGACCGAUAUUUUGUCAUUGAUUCUCACAGUGGCAUCAUCACACUUAACAAACCACUGGACUUUGAAAAGAGAAGAGUCCACGAGCUGGUUGUUCAGGCACAAGACAAUGCAACUCAUCCGGAGGUCACCAAUGCCUUUGUCACCAUCCACGUCAGAGACUACAACGACAACCAGCCCACCAUGACCAUCAUUUUUCUAAGUGAAGAUGGGUCGCCCAAAAUUUCAGAAGGUGCACAACCAGGCCAGUAUGUUGCCAGGAUCUCAGUCACUGACCCUGACUACGGAGAGUAUGCCAAUGUUAAUGUUUCGCUUGAGGGAGGAGAUGGAAAGUUUGCUCUAACCACUAAGGAUAGUAUUAUUUAUUUGAUUUGUGUGGACCAAAUUCUGGACCGAGAGGAGAGAGACAUCUAUGAGCUGAGGGUAAUGGCAACAGACUCGGGAACACCUCCUCUCAGAGCUGAGUCUUCGUUCACUAUUGAGGUGAUGGACGUCAAUGACAACCCUCCUCUGUUUGACCAGGCGGUUUACAGACAGCUCAUUCCUGAAGUGGUGUUUCCAGGAAGCUUUGUGUUACAGGUGACUGCUCGAGACAAAGAUCAGGGGCCCAAUGGGGACAUUACCUACAGCAUUCUGCAAGGCCAAGGCAAGUACUCUGACUGGUUCAGUAUGGACGCCAUUACGGGGAUCAUCACCACUCUUUCUUAUCUGGAUUAUGAAAAAAACCCCAAUCCGAGUAUAACUGUUGUAGCCCAAGACAGAGGGAAACCACCGCUGUCCUCCACGGCUGUGGUUAACAUUGUGCUUCAGGAUGUUAACGACAACGAGCCUGUUUUUGAGAAAAACUUUUACAACGUCUCAAUCAAAGAGAACAUGGUUCCAGGCACCUGCAUCCUCCAGGUGACUGCGACAGAUGCAGAUGGAGGUUCCUUUGGCUCCAUCACCUACUCCCUCGGCUCUGGUAUUAACAGCGCCGUUCCCUCCCAGUUCACCAUUGGCAAAGAGACAGGCCAGAUCUGCAUCAGCGCUUCACUGGACAGAGAUCAAGGGCCGACCAGCUUCGACUUCACUGUAACUGCAGUGGAUGGAGGUGGACUGAGCUCAGUAGCCUACGUGAAGGUUGAUCUGGUUGACAUUAAUGACAACAGACCCACAUUCUACCCAGUCAGCUAUGCUGUUAGCUUGAGCACGCAGAGCGCUCCUGGGACAUCUGUUGUCAGAGUCAUGGCCUACGACCCAGACUCGGGCGAGAAUGGCAAAAUAACCUACAAGACAGCACCAGGUGGCGCCUCCCCGUACUUUACACUGAACAAAGACACAGGGGUGAUCUCUUUGUCUCGGUCCGUCUACGGGAAAGCCAACUCUAUCAUCCCCAUGGUCAUCUCAGCUCAGGACGGUGGGGGUCUGGUGUCCCUUGUCAAUGCCCGAGUCAAUAUUAGUGUGGUGGCCGGGUUAGUAGCGCCACCUGUGUUUGAACAGAUGCAGUACUACUUUACUGUAUCGGAGGAGGUCUUGCGAGGAACAGUAGUGGGCGUCGUCCAGGCCAGCACCAAAACAGGUAGCUCAAGAGAUGUCUCCUACACAAUCAGCUCUGGAGACCCAGCAGGUUACUUUAUAGUGGACCCUGAAACUGGAGUCCUAAGGACAAGUCUACCCCUGGACCAUGAAGCCCAAUCAACUCUUGAGUUGGAGAUACAAGCUCGAAGCGGAAACCCGCCAGCCUUUGGUCAGACACGUGUCCAUAUAACCAUUGCGGACAUCAACGACAACCCGCCGGUAUUUUCACCCUCGUCCUCAGAGUCCCUGCUGCUACCAGAAAACACAGAAAUAGGUACAGUUGUGUACCGGCUGCAGGCUGAGGACAAAGACUCCGGAGUCAAUGGACAACUCAGUUAUGACCUGUCUCCUUUAAAUGGGGUCCAGAAGACCUUUAGCGUAGAACGCAACAGCGGAGAGAUCCGCUUAGUUGGGAGCCUCCGUUUUGAGAGUAACCCUCGCUAUGACCUAAGAAUGUUGGCUAAGGAUAAUGGAGUUCCCCAGCUCAGUGCUACCUUUAUGCUAAUGGUACAUGUCCAGGCCGAGAAUGACCACGGACCUGUGUUUGACACGCUCACCUACCGUGUAGAAUUAAAGGAAAAUACACCAAUAAAUACACGCUUCCUCCAGGUCAGAGCCCUGAACAGAGAGGCUCCUGGUUCAGGUCACUCUAAUCCACAGACCUAUCACCUCCGUCCAGAUGGAGACGCUGCAGGGUUUGGCAUCGCCGCAGACAGUGGAUGGCUGUUUGUGAAGAGUGCUCUGGACAGAGAAGUCAAGGACAUGUAUCUUCUAACAGUGAUGGCAAGUGCAGGCUAUGGACAGUUGAAAAAGACGGGCAGCGCCACCGUGAGAAUAUCAGUGACAGAUGAGAACGACAACUCGCCCCGGCUAACACAGGAAAGGGUGUUUAUGGCUGUGAGAGAAAACCUGCCGGCCGGAACAGGCUUUGGUCAUGUCUUAGCCACUGAUCGAGACAGUGGACUCAACGGACGCAUCAGUUAUCACUUUUUGCGUCCUGAACGCCACUUCAAUAUGAACUCCAAUACAGGUGAGAUCAGUACAAGGAUCACUUUAGACAGAGAACAGCUGUCGAGCUACCAGCUCGCAGUAGUGGUGCAAGAUGGAGGUUCGCCUCCUCGGAGUGCCACGGGCACGGCCUUCAUCACUGUCCUGGAUGACAAUGACAACAGCCCUGUUUUCACCCACAGUCAAUCAGGAAAAAACCUCAUCAUACAGGUAUCAGAAAGUCAAAUCUCAGGGGUUUUUCUGGGCACACUGCAAGCUAAAGACCCUGAUGAUGGAGAGAAUGGAACUGUGUUCUACUCUUUGUCAGGUCCAAGGGCUGAGCGUUUCUCUUUAAACACAAACACCGGAGAGCUGCGUUCAUCAUCUCCACUCAGCCACUCAGAGCAAGCUGUGUACGCUCUGACAGUGACAGCCACUGACAGAGGCCUGCCUCCUCGCAGCACCUCCUGCUCCCUCACAGUUCAGGUUCUCAGCAUUAACAGUCCUACGUCCAAGGCCAGUUCACGCUCCAUAUCCUUCAACACUGUGGAGGAAGCCAAGCCUGGUUCUGUUAUUGGCUCAGUUCGCCUCCGUGACGGAGAAGCCUCGAAGGAAGGCGAGGUGACCUACGUGGUGGUUGGAGGGACUGACCACGAUGGAACCUUUGUUGUGGAUCGUGUGACUGGAGACGUUUAUCUGGCUCGCCCGCUCGACUACGAACGAGACACACACUACACUUUGCAGAUCGAGGUGGACGACUUCUCUCAGUCUCCACCCAGCAGCACCUUGGUGCACCUGGGCAUCGAUGUGGAUGACAGCAAUGACCACGCCCCUCAGUUCUCGGAGGACCCCGUCACCAUUGUCAUCUCUGAGAGUUUGGAGCCCGGCUCCUCCAUUUAUACAUUUCAGGCUAUAGAUGAGGACGGAAGUGGUCCCAAUAGUGAGAUCAGUUACUUCAUUCUCCACCAGUGUCCAGACACGCCUGGCCUCCUCAAACUUGACCCGUCCACUGGAGUGCUGUCUUUGGGACAGGAGCUGGACCAUGAAGUGACCAGCAACUUGAUCCUGGUUGUUAAGGCCACAGAUUCUGCCGUUGAUGCCAGCCAGAGACGCUGGGGGUCUGUCACCGUUAGAUUGUACAUAACCGAUGAGAACGACAACCCACCAGUGUUUGGUUCACCAACUGCUGUCAGCGUGAUGGAGGACCAGCCUGUCGGGUUUGUGGCUCUGUAUGUCAUAGCCAGUGAUGCAGACCAAGGGGAGAAUGGCAGGGUGACCUACAGCAUCCAGUCAGGCAACACCGGAGGAACAUUCAACCUGAACCCCAACACUGGUUCUCUGUCCAUCUCCAAACCACUCAACAGGGAGGAGCAGGACGUCUUCAACCUCACAAUAAUUGCAGAAGAUCAUGGGAUCCCUCAGCGAUCGUCCACACAGCUCCUGUGUGUACAUGUGAUUGAUGUUAAUGAUGAGGUGCCCUGGUUUGAGGAGAGCCAGUACGAAGGCCAAAUCUCUGAGAACCAGCCUCCAGGAACCAGUGUCCUUACAGUAUCUGCCUUUGAUCUAGACCAAGGUACCAAUGGGCAGGUGACUUAUGGGGGUUUGUCAGAGGGGGCUUUCCAAGUUGACCCCCUGACAGGCGUCCUACGGACUACAAGAAAGUUGGACCGGGAGAUGCAGGAAGACUACACCUUGUCAGUUUAUGCAAAAGACGGUGGACUUUUACCCAAUUAUGGCAAAACAAAAGUGAGGAUCAAAGUGCUUGAUGAAAAUGACAAUGCUCCCGUCUUUGGGCGUCUUUACUACGCCAUCGAGGUGCCAGAAAACGUGGAGGCCUCGUCUCUGUUCACGCUCAGAGCCACAGACUUAGAUGCAGGAGAAAACGGGAAGAAGAUCUACAAAAUUACAGCCGGAGAUACAGCUGGAGACUUUCAUUUGGACAGCAGGACUGGUGUGCUGUCCACCUUACGGCCCCUUGAUAGAGAAAGAAGAGAGGGUUACACUUUAACAGUCACAGCUCAAGACCGGGGUCAGCCUUCCCUCAGCACCACUGCCACUGUGGAGGUCAGUGUUCUGGACAUUAAUGACCACAGCCCCCAGUUCCAGAGCAGCAGCUACACUGCAGACAUCUCUGAAGACGUUCCCAUUGGCUCACUGGUCCUGGAGGUCAAAGCUGUUGAUCUAGACGAGGGUGUGAACAGUCAGGUGCUGUAUUUUCUGAGCCGUGGCUCCCAGAGCAAGUUUAUCAUUGACCAGAAAACAGGACGAAUUAUCACAGCGGCGCUUCUGGACAGAGAAAGAACCGCCUCCUACACAUUUGAGGUGUGCGCCACUGACUCCUCCCCAGCAAAUCCCCGCAACGCCACGGCUCAGGUGACGGUUUACAUCCAAGAUGUGAAUGACAAUGCACCUAUUUUCAUUCAAGACCCUCUGGUGGUCAACAUCUCUGCGAGCAGUGUGACCAGCCGCCGAGUCUUGGCCACAAUGAGGGCAGAGGACAAAGACUUUGGAGCCAACGGAUCUGUUUUUUAUCGCUUUGCAAAUCCUGUGAGGGGCUUCACCAUUAAUUCACUGACAGGAGACAUUCAGGCUACAGAGAAGCUACAGACCCUGACCCAAAGCCAGAGGAUCUUGAUCAUUCAGGCCAUGGACCAGGGCAACCCUGCUCAGUCUUCUCUCGGUGUGGUUAUCAUUUAUAUCAGGGAGCAAAGCUACACAGGGAUUCGCUUUUCUCGCACUGCUAGAGAUGUCAGCCUGCAGGAGAAUGCUGCAAAAGGCACAGUAGUAACACAGACACAGGCCAGGUACCCUGAUGGCUCCCAAACUGGAAUAAGCUACAGUAUUUUUAGUGGAAAUGUAUUGCAGUCUUUUGGAAUAAAUACUAUUACUGGUGAGAUCUGGGUCCAGAACUCUGAGGGACUUGACUAUGAGGAGACCCCAAAACUGCGCCUUGUGGUGAAAGCUGAGACGGCGUCCUCCAGCUCCUACAUGGCGGUCAACUUGAUUCUACAGGACGUCAAUGACAACUUGCCACGCUUCCAACUCCAGAACUAUGUUGCGUACAUAAGAGAAGCCCAGGGCUACGACUUCCCCAUCAUCCAGGUUGCUGCAGAUGACUUGGAUCAGGGUCAAAACAGCCAGCUGACCUACUCUAUCAGGUCAUCAUCCAUGAGUGGCUUGUUCAAGAUAGACCCAAUAACUGGCAGCAUCACGACUGCGGCCAUAAUGGACAGAGAAAUUUGGACUCAGACAAAGCUAGUGGUUACAGCAACAGAUCGGGGCAGCCCGCGGCUCGCUGGCUCCGCCACUCUGACGGUUAUCAUCAUUGACCUCAACGACAACAGUCCCAUGAUUCCUCUGCCACGUGAGAUCCACGUACCUGAGGAUACAAUGAUUGGCACAGUCAUCACCCAGGUGACAGGGAACGAUGUGGACUCCGGGCCAGCUCUUUCCUACUCGCUGCACCUAGACACGGACACCCAAGGCUUGUUUGGGAUUCACCGUUAUGGAGGGGGUGUGUCUCUGACUGGGUCCCUUGACUAUGAAGAAAGGACGUGGUUCACCUUGACGAUACGCACAUCUGACUCUAAACAUCAAAGUGAAGCCAACCUGACUGUGCUCGUGGAUGAUGUGAAUGAUAAUGCCCCGACAUUUACACAAGACUCAUAUCAGGUGGCUGUGACUGAGCACCGUCCAGCAGGCAGCGCUGUCCUCACGGUAACCGCCACUGAUCGAGACUCUGGAGAGAAUGGAAGGAUUGCCUACAGAGUGAUGUCAUCAAACAGGGGCAUUUUCUACAUCGAUCCCAGUAAUGGUACUCUGUUUGUUAACCAAAAACUGGAGUUUGAUGUUGAGAACCCAUCCAUCCUGGUUCUGAUUGAGGCGCGGGACCAUGGCACACCAUCUCUUUCAUCUAUCGCUAGUGUCCAGGUGCAUGUGUCAGACGUCAACGACAACACGCCCGUCUUCCACCAGUCAGAGUACAGGGUCUCUGUGUCUGAAGAAUUGCACCCUGGGUCACCUGUUCUCACCCUGGAAGCUGUAGAUGCAGACCUGUCUCGUCAAAACUGUGGCUUUGAUUUCGCCAUUGCCAGCGGCAACUCCGGCAAUGCUUUCCAGAUUGAGAGCAGCGUGCGCUUCUUGGAAGGACAAGGCUUCCAGACAGUUGGCAAUCUGAUCCUAGUGGAGAAGCUGGACUUUGAGGCAGUGCCGAGUUACAACCUCACAAUCGUGGUCUCUGAUCGAGGGGUCCCUCAACAUAGCUCCAGUGUACCUAUCCUCAUCAGCAUUUCUGAUGCCAAUGACAACGCUCCUGUGUUCAGUAGAGCAGAUUACAGUGUGGUGCUGAGUGAAGGCGCCGCAGCAGGGACCGAGAUCCUGCAUCUGUCCGCCACAGAUCCUGACUCUGCUCCCAACAGAGAGGUGCAGUACUCCAUCAGUUCAGGGGAUGAGACAGACCUUUUCCAUGUGGACCAGUGGACUGGAACCUUGAGGCUGCAAAGACCUCUGGGAAUUGAGAGACGAUCUAACCACAUACUUGUAAUUCAAGCCACUGAUGGUCAAGGUCAUUAUGCUUUGGCACCGGUCAGUAUUGAAGUGAACGACAUUAAUGAUAACCGGCCCUUCUUCCCCCUCAAACUCAUAACUGCUAGCAUUAAGGAGAAUAAACCCCAGAAUGCCUUAGUCACCAUGCUGCAUGCAAUCGACUACGACAGAGGUGUCUUCGGUCGGUUAAGAUACUACAUGUUAAACACCUCCAAAGAGGGAAGAGAUGCUUUCGUCAUCAACCAGACCUCAGGGGAAAUACGAACUCGCUCUACUUUUGACUUUGAGAAAGUGUCCUCCUUCCAUUUUGUGGCUGUUGCCAUGGAUGCUGGGAACUACUCAGCCAGUGUAACGGUGCAGGUUUAUGUGACAGGUGAGGACGAAUAUGAUCCUGUUUUCACAUCGUCAGAGUUUUUAUUCGAAGUGCCUGAGGGAGCAAAGAAGGGCGGGGUCAUUGGCAAGGUUCAAGCUAAAGAUGAGGAUGGAGGUGUGGACGGCGUUGUGCUCUACUCUCUAGCAGAGAGCUCGCCUUAUUUCGAAGUAAACAAAUCAACAGGGGACAUUUCUUUGAAAGUAGACAGCUAUGGGACACACUUCCGCCGUUCAAAACGAGAAGUGCGUCUCAUGACCUUGGAAGUCACUGCACACAGUCCUCUAGAGACGUCUCGCUCAUCAGUGGCAAAAGUUACCGUGGAUGUGACCCACACGUCUUUUGGUCUCAGCUCAGACGUCAAUACGCUUCUCAUCAGUGUCAUUGCAGUUUCACUCGGGACUAUAGUUAUUCUGAUAAUAAUUGCAGUGGCUCUAUUUUUUGUUAAAUUAAGACGUCGGAAGAAGGAGCACAAGACGCACGGAAGGACAUCGAUGCCGGCCACUAUAUUGCAUAAGUUUGAGGAAACCAAAAUAACAGCAAAUGAAAUGAUCUACCACCAGGCUCUUCCUGGAUACCUGACCAGUCAGAGUGGCGGCGGAGGGCCCUACACUCGCGGCGGCUCCUUAGAUCCCUCCCACUCCAGUGGGCGUGGUUCAGCUGAAGCGGAGGCAGCUGAAGAUGAUGAGAUUAGAAUGAUUAAUGAGUAUCCGAGGGUGUCAAGCAUCUCGUCAUCCAUGCAAGAACGCAUCUCCGCCAGAGGUCCUGAUUCUGGAAUCCAGCAGGAUGCAGAUCAGCUCUCGGACGUGUCCUGCGAGCCCUCCAUCGACUGGUUCAAAGGGAAAAAGGUGGGCAGUGUAAACAGUACUUUACUAGCUGGUCAAGUGCCCGUGUACAGGGAUGAAGGUGGAGGGUACGUGGGCGUUGGCCGGGGGCUGGGCAUUUCCCAUCCCCACGAGUAUACUUUUCCAGAGGAUGGGAAGCCUCGAGUGGACGGCUCUCUGACAGCCAUCGUGGCCAGUGAUGAGGAGAUGAGGGGCAGCUAUAACUGGGGCCGCCUUCUGAACUGGUGGCCCCCGUUCCAACCCCUAGGUAACGUUUUCACUGAAAUUGCACGUUUAAAAGACGAGACAGCUCCUUCUCAGUCCCGCAGAUCAUUUCAAUACAAAGUAAAGGCAGAGUCGAGAAUCGACCCCCCGCCUCUCAUAACCUCUGUGGCCCAUCCGGGGGCCAAGACUGUACCUCCCAAGCCCGCCAUAGGGAGGAGUUUCCCGCACAUGUCAUCAUUUCGAAGAUCUCCCCUCAGCACUGAGGGAUCCAUCUCUUCAGCUGCCAUGUCUCCAAGUUUCUCCCCAUCUCUCUCACCCCUGGCAGCACGUUCCCCUGCAGUCACACCCUUCAGUGUCUCCCAGGGGCCCUCAGCGUCCUUAAUCAGCACAACUGAACACAACUUGGAACACAGUGAAGAGGCAGAGCUGAGGAUUUAAACUCUAAGACUUUAGAGGAGUUUAAAGUAAAAACUGAGUUGUCAACUUCAUUUACUGUUCAACCACAGGGGCUCCAGCGGGAAAAGAGUCUUUUUCUUUUCACACUCAGGAGUUCUCAUGGGUUACCACAAGUCCAAAAACUGGACUACAUGACUAACAGGCCAAGAAUGGCCAUGUCUUUUUUUUUGUUUUCCCUCUGUUGAUCAGUGUUAAUUUUAACUAGUGAUACAUACAUGAUGUCAAUAUUUUUUACAGAAACAUUGUCUAUAUUUUUAUACUUAUGUUGUUUUUAACAAGCAAUGGCAUUAAAGUGCCAAAAACUGCUAAAAUGUCAGAUUAUAUUUCAGAUUAUAUUUGUAUAUUUGUAACUUGUUCGCAUUGUAAUUCUCUUAGCCUUGUGGGUUAGUAAUGAAAUUGUUGCUUUAUGAAUUGGAUUUUUGUUGCAGAUUUUUUGUAAAUCUGAAUGUGAAAUUGCCUCAUUGUUCAACACCUCAUCCAAAAA